AAGCAGUUUCCUUGUGAUUAUGAAGAUUGCGGCAAGGUGUUUAGACGUUCAGAACAUUUAAAGCGUCAUAUCAAGUCUAUUCAUACCCGAGAGAAGCCUUAUGAAUGCCCUUAUGACAAGUGUGGCAAGCGUUUCUCAAGAACUGAUAAUUUGAGUCAGCAUAUUCGCAUCCAUCGU